UGGGCAUUUGGCCCAAAGCUGUCCCCCGCUCCACAAGGCUUUCUGGCUUCAUGCACACAUGCUCUUGUUCCCCUGCCCCCCCAUACCCAGCCUCCUGCCAGUACACAGUGGGGGAGGGGGCUGGGAUAUGGAGGCAGGUGAGGUCCUAGCUGAGGGAGGUCAGCGCUGUGCUGGAGAAGUGUUUUCCUGAGAGCUUACGCUGCAUGGCAGGGAGGCCGUCUGAGAGGAGAAGGCCAGCCCUCCUUGAUAACAAAAAAGGACCCACGGCCUGAGGCUGCUGGAGCAGAGCCCUGGGCCUGGCUGGCUGUCCAGAGCCAGCCCCCACCUGCUCCUCCCAGAAGGCGUGGGUGGCUGUGGUGGCAGCCCCCUGCCAACAAUAACGGUUGGUUCUGGGAUCUGGGACCGGGUGAGCCGGCCAGGCAGGUCCCUGGUGCGCCUGUGCCAGGGGCCAACCCCCUUGGUCUCAAGGUCCUGUCCCAUAAGCCCAGCCGGUUGUGGUUCAGCUGGGUUCUGGGCCCCUUCCCUUGAGAAGCAGAGGCCUCGCAGCCCCCAGGAUUGCUGGGCGGGACCAUGAGGCCAGCCCUACAGCACCUGAAGGCCAGGCUGAGGCCCUCUGUUCCCAUGGCCAGCCUGGGAAAGCCUGGGGCUGAUGACACCCAGGAGGAGGAGGCGGAACUGGAGGGAGGCCCUGCAGAGCCCCGGGCUGCCAUGCUGGAGCAGGCCCGGGAGCUGUUUCUGCUAUGUGACAAGGAGGCCAAGGGCUUCAUCACCAGGCACGACCUGCAGGGUCUCCAGAGCGACCUCCCCCUCACGCCUGAGCAGCUGGAGGCUGUGUUUGAAAGUCUGGACCAGGCUCACACUGGCUUCCUCACCCCCCGGGAGUUCUGCCUGGGCCUGGGGAUGUUUGUGGGGGUGCAGUCGGCCCAGGGAGAAACCCCCGGCAGGGCUCCCGAAGAGAUCUUUGAGUCGGGCUGGUUGGACAUGCAGGGCACGGGGGGCUCUCUGGACGAGGAGGAGGAGGAGGAAGAGGAGGAGCGAUUCCACACUGCGCUGGAGCAGCUGGGGGUGGCCCCAGUCCUGGGCGAGCAGCGGGCUGUGAGGACGCUCUGGGCCCGGCUGCAGCGCGAGCGCCCCGAGCUGCUGAGCUCUUUCGAGGACGUUCUGAUACGCGCGUCGGCCUGCCUGGAGGAGGCGGCCCGGGAGCGGGACGGCUUGGAGCAGGCGCUGCGGAGGCGCGAGAGCGAGCACGAGCGGGAGGUGCGCGCUCUGUACGAGGAGAUGGAGCAGCUUCGCGAGCAAAGCCGGCGCCCGCCAAGUCAGAACUCCGCCCGCGGGGAGCGGAGAAGCCGCCUGGAGCUGGAGCUGCAGGGUCGCGAGCAGGACCUCGAACGCGCGGACCUGCGGCAGCGGGAGUUAGAGCAGCAGCUGCGGGCCCGGGCUGCGGAGCACCUGGAGGCGCAGGCCCAGAACUCCCAGCUGUGGCGGGCGCACGAGGCGCUGCGAGCGCAGCUGGAAGGAGCGCAGGAACAGAUCCGCAGGCUGGAGGGCGAAGCGCGAGGCCGCCAGGAGCAAACCCAACGGUGCCGGGGAACCGGGCUGGGGCGGGCCCUGGGGCGUGUCCCGGGGGAGGGGCCGACGGGCGCUCAGGUCUGCGCCACUUUCAUCCCCACCUCAAAGUCCCAGCCCUACUCUGUGGGAGGGUCUUCUUGGGGGUCCUGGGGCUCCCUAGUAGCCUUCCUGCAGCCGGGUCACCACCUCCCACCCACAGAGACGUGGUCGCCGUCUCCAGGAACAUGCAGAAAGAGAAAGUCAGCCUGCUACGGCAACUGGAGCUGCUCAGGGAGCUGAACACACGGCUGCGGGACGACAGGGACGCCUUCGAGGCCAGGCGGGUGGGCAGCAGCCGCAGGAAGGCUCUGACCACGGCCCGCCUGCCUGGGCCCACCUGCUGCUGUUGCUGCUGCUGGUCUCGGCCCCCCAGACGCGGCUCUGGCCACCUUCCCAGUGCCCGGUGACGGGCCCCGAGUGACUCACGGAGCGUCAGCUGGAAGCUGCCCUGGCAGGAGACUUGUCAUGGGUGGGGGGUGCCUACUCAGGAUGCGGGCCCUCCCCAGGGGGCCCCAGGCCUGCCUGACCGAAGACAUGAAGAACUAGCCUGGAGUGGUCAGGGGCCUGGGGGUGGUCAGGGGCCUGGAGUGGUCAGGGUCCCGUGUGCCCUCUGGCAGUCUUCUUUCUGUCCCCAUUCAAUCAAGCCCAUCUCAGUUCAGCAGAAAACCCCCCUGGUCAAAUAAACCCACUGCCUGCCCUGCA